CAAGCCCUUCGCCCUCCGAGUUUGGCGGCACCAAAGGUAGCCGAGCCAAUGCGUGAGAGCAUGCAGUCAACCAUAAGGCCAGUGAUGGACAGGUCGCUGGAUGCGCUGCCGGCCAUUAUGCCUUCGCACCACCUUAGGUCUGCGGGGCGUGGCCGCAAGCUGCCGGCGAGGCAGCCGAUGACGGCCUCCAUGGAGAGCCUCAGCUUGGUGAAGGAAGUGGAGGAUGUGCUCGCCAAGACAGUGUUAGAGAAGCCCCUUGCUUCUGUGCAGAUGCCGCCCUUGACAGCGCGGCGGAACUCGCGUCACUCACCAGCCCGGACAAAGAAAGCAGAGGUGACCUUGCUGCCGGGCGUAUUUCCCCGUGAGCGACAAGAGGUCCCGGAUCUGAUCACCACCAUCACCUUCCGCGAGGGGCCUGCCACUGCUCGGGAACGGGGUCGCCAGGACUCGAAAGAGGCGAAGGCUCGCUCGGAGUCCCCCACGCGAAGCGGCAGCUCGCCGAGCCCCGCCCGGCACCACUUCCUUCGCAAGGGCGCGGGCGCCGCCUACCAGGAGGCCAUGGCGAGACAGCGCCGAGCCCGCUGGGGCCGGCCAGCGGACGACAGCGACAGCGAGCGCGAGCGGAGCAGGAGCACCAGCCGUCCGCCGCUGCCGUACCAAGUUCCUCCCCGGCCGUCGCCAUCCGUGAGGCGGCCCAGUGUGCAGAUAAUGCCGGAGGAGCCGAGGACGUCCUUGAGCUUGGAGAGGUUUCCAAGCCGCACCCAUACCGUGCACUCCCCGGUGCCGGAGCAGAUCUUCGACGUGGGUACGUCGGCGCCGCCUGUGGCCCGGGUCAGCGUCUUGGACGAGGUGCCGCUGCCGGACGAGGUGCCGGAGAAGGAGGAGAGCGAGGUGGAGAUCCAGGUGCUGGUCAGGGAACCGGAGAGGCGGGGCAUCUCCGCGGGGCAGUUCGAGGCCUUCUUCGCGCGCUUCUGCGGGGACGUGAUCUACGAGGAGCUCGAGGAGCCUGCGAAGCCACUGUGCCUGCCCACCACGCUCUGUCAGCUUUGCGUGCAGGCGAACCGCAAGGACGCUGAGGUGCGAAACCGCUCCAAGCGGCCACGGGAGACCAACCUCUACGCAGUCACGGAGCUAAUCAUCAUGCCGCAGACCAGGGAGAAGGGUGUGUCCUACUCGGAGCUCAUCAACCCAGAUGGACUUCAAGUGGACUACUUCAUCAGCCACCACUGGGCCGAAGACUUUGGCGAGUUCGUGCAAAGUGUUUUGAGACAUGCCAUUGUCGCAGCGCCUGAGAUGGGAGGAGCCAAAGACUGGCGCAAGGUGGUCUACUGGUGCUGCGCCUUUGCGAACAACCAGCACCAGGUGGAGCUAGGAGAGACGCUGCAGAAGAGCCCCUUCUACCAAGCGCUGAACUCCAAGAGCUGCAAAGGCACGGUGAUGAACCUGAACCAGGCAGCCACGGCGCUGGACCGGAUCUGGUGCAUCUACGAGGUCUACUUGACCCAUUUCUUGGAGAAGCCUUUCACCUUGAACUUCCGCCUGGGGCCACUGGUGGGGGUUGUGCAAGAGACCAAGGAGAAGGACUCUUGGGUCUUCCACAUCUUUAAGAUGCUCCAGCACAUCGAUGUGCAGCAAGCUGACGCGACCAACCCUGAUGACUACAAAAAGAUCAUGGGGGAGAUCGCACACUUCAGCCGAGACAGCCGCGCGGGACCGGAGGCGUUGAACCACAUCGUCAAAGCGAUGCUAGGCUCCCAGGCCAUCUUCACGCUGGCGCGGCGCGGGGACCUGGUCUCGGUGCGCCGCGCGCUGGAGCUGGACGCGGAUCCCAACAUCCCCGACACCUUGGGUAUUCGGCCCCUGACCUAUGCGGCGGGGAAUGGGCACCAGGAGGUCGUGCAGGCGCUGAUCGCGGGGAAGGCGGACGCGCGAGCGGAGGUGGGCGCCAAUGAGGUCCUUGCCAUGUUCUCCCCGAACCGAGCGGAGCGACGGCGGUGCAUCGACACCGUGCGGGCUCUGGAUGAAGAACAGACCGGAGGCGUGCACCGGCAAGCUAUCAGUCGCGCUUUGCUGCAGCACACCACGUCUCGCUGUCAGGACCUGACCUCGGCGCUGUCCGACGCGGACAACGCGGAGCUGCGCUUGGAGGUGGUGAGGGAGCUGCGCUCGCUGCUGCAUGCGCUAGUGGACCACAACCAGAAGCUGCAGAGCUCAGGGGCGGACAACGCUCAAGAAUUUCUGGCUGUCGGCCAACACGCUCGGUCCCUGGCGCCCUACUUGGCGGACCCCGAUCCCAGAGUGCGUCUCGCAGUGGUGGAGGCAGUCACCAGCAUUGGGGACUUCGACCUGCGCACGCUGAAGAUCCCGAAGCGUCUCAUCCAGGAAGACAAUCUUCACAGCUUGCUGGACGAGAACACCAAGCAAAACGUGGUGCAUUUGGCAGCCUCCCAGCCUCACCCCAACGCGCUCUACAUGUUGGCUACCGGGGUGGACUGGGCGCUGGACCCUAAGGCGCUGCGUGGCCUUGAUGCGGAGGGCAGGUCAGUGGCGCACCACGCGGUGGCGUGGGGGCACAUGGAGUGCUUAGCCAUGAUGUAUGGCGAGCAGAAACUGCCCCGCUCGCUGCUCUUGAAGCAGGAUCACAAAGGCCGCACGGCGGUGCACUAUGCGGCGCGGCAGGGGGACAGCGGCACGCUGCGGGCGUUGGUGGACUUGGCCUCCUUGGCCCCCAGCGAGCUGUGCGUGCGAGACUACCUCGGCAACUUGGCCAUGCACUUGGCCACCGCCAAGGGCUACUGGCGCUUCCUCGGCGUCUUAGUCAACGACUGCGGCCUCUGCGAGACCUUGUGCCAGGGCGACGGAGACGGGCGCACCGUGGCCCACCUCGCGGCGGCCACCGGGGACGUGGCCUGCCUCAGGUACUUGGUGGAGAAGUGCAGCAUGCCUCUCUCGGUACUGAAGCAGACGGACCACUGGCACAGGACGCCGGCCCAUGAUGCGGCAAUGGCGGAUUCGCCCGAGGUGCUGGCCCUCUUGCAGGAGUUGGGCGCGCCUCUGCAUUUGCCCAUGGGCCCUUCGGAGCCGCAGAUCGGGGCGGUGGCUAUCGUGAACCAAAGCAGCGAGGUCGUCGCCUACCUUGGCAACAGCUACAAGAUGGGGCGAGUUCACUACGUCGACCGUCACCAGAGGAUGCGGUUCGAGUACGAGAAGGGCAUUAAGGACCAGGAGGCUGUGGAGCUGGAGCGCUGCGAGCUUGCACCCACUCCGCUGGUGCUGGCGGAGAAGUUGGGCCGCAAGAAGGCCUCCGAGUUCCUGGGCAACGCCUGGGGUCCCAUCGCCACCAUCAGCGGCGUCGCGAAGGAAGAGCUGAUGAACCAAGCCCGCCGGGGUGCCCUGCCGGCGGGCGUGCUGGUGCAGCAGGGCGCCUUUGCCGCCGUGGAGAAGUUCCUACAGAAAGGCAUUCUGACGGCCUCGGACCUGGUGAAGCGGGACGCCCAGGGCUGCAGCUGCCUGCACCGCGCCGCCGCCACCGGGGUGCCUGAGGCAGUGGUCGCCAUUCUCACGCUGGGGAACUUCAGCGAGGAGGACAAGAUGGCCGCUGACGUGAACGGCUGGACGGCGGCACACCACGCGUCGAACGCGGGCAGUGGGCCCUGCCUCGAGGUGGUGGUCCAGCUCUGCGAGUUGGGGCCAAAAGGCUUGGACGCGGUGGACCUCUGGGGCCGCACCUGUACCCACGUGGCGGCGGAGGCGGAUGCCGCUGAAGCGCUGCAGGUUCUUGCCAAGCACCAGGCGGCCAUGCAUGAGACCAUGGGGGUUCCCCUGCUGGAAGAAGGUACCGUGACCCUCGUGCACGCUCGUGAGAACUGGGGCUGGGCCACCAACCGCUCGCGAGGCAGUAUGUUCGACCUCAAGCGGGGCGGCACUUCCUUUGGCCACGUGAAGAGCUUAGGCGCCAAGAGCGAGGCAGAUCUCGAUGAUGUGGAGGAGGAUGGUGUCUAUACCUUGGGCCGUAUCACGCGGAUUUUCGGAGAUGACCAGGUGACGAUUAAACACGAGAGUGGCUUCCGGGAGGGCUUCGUGGAAAUGGAGCGAUGCACCUUCUGCCCCACACCCAUUGUGCUGGCGGAGAGGCGCGGCCGGGGUGCGGCGGUGCUGGCGCUUUUGCAGGUGGCCUGGCGGCCCUUUGUGGACGCGGUGCAGCUGGCGGCGGGGGCCGUGGGCACCGACCUGGACCUCUGGGAAUGGGAGGACAUGGCGGAUGUUUUCAAGGAGGAGGCGCUGGACGGUGCUCGGCCCAUCGGCGCAGUGCUGGGCGUGCGAGCGGAGGGCCACGUGCAGCUUCUCAGGGAGCUCUUGUCUGCAGAGGUGAUUACAGCGGAGGAACUGCUGGUGCCCGACAUGCGGGGCCGCACCGCGCUGCACCGCGCCGCACUGAGCGGCCAGGCGGACCUGGUGUGGGCGGUGAAGGAGUUCUCUGGUGCGAGCCAUGAGCACCUGGAGCGGCUGGACCUUCAGGGACGCGGGCUGUUGCACCACGCGGUGCUCUCUGGGGAUGCAGAGACGGUGCGGCUUUGCGUGCGGCUGCUGCCUCGGCCCCCAGAAGAGCUGGCGUCGGGGGACAACUGGCACUACACGCCCGCGCACCUCGCGGCAACGGUGGAUGGCGUGGAUGCCAUCAAGGUGCUCAUGGAGAUGGGAGUUCCGACUGACAAGCACAUGGGCCCCAGCAAGCUUGAGAACAGCUCCGUCGUCCUGGUGGAGCCAAAGCACGAGGAGGAGGAGGACCCCCCAUGGCAGCUGGCAAUGGUGCGGGGCGUCACCGGCAACGACCUGGUCGUGAAGUUUCUGGGGGGGAAGGAGACGAAGGUGCCUGUGGAGCGCUGCGAGGUGGCACCCACUCCCUUGGUCCUGGCGGAGAAGCUUCAUAAGAAGGACGUGCUGGAGAAACUCCGGGACUCGCUGAACCUCAGCGGCAAGCGGAAAAUGAACAUGUCAGGUGUGAAGAACAUGGCACAGGCGUCCACAGUGGUGUCCAUCAUGAAGCACAAGGCUGACAAGGCGGAGUCGCCGGUGAAGCGCCUGCUGCGCAUGAACUCCCCUCAAUCCCCCUCCAACCGGAGGGCCGAGCGUGGCGCCUCCAAGAGCAACUCCGCCGCGCGGCGCCGCUUCCGCGGGGCAGCCCUGACGGUGCUGGCAGAAGUGCGCAUGAAAAAGAAACGCCUGGAAGCGUAAAAUUUUUGACGCGCGCACGUAUGGCGCAGUCAUUUUUCAGAACGGCCAAGCCGCAGGCGAGCAGCUAGACACUUGC